GUAAACACUUAAUUGUAUCGACUCUGGAAUCUUGAAAUAAAAUUGUUAAAUGAAAAGAAAAGAUAAAUAGUUACGUUAAAGAAAGUUUCUGUGAAACCACACAACUUUCAAGUCUAUCCAACGUCAUACCAUCUUUUCGUGAAAGUAUUUACUCUUGGACUAUAUGCGCGCGUUUAUACUAUAGUUUUAGUACAAAGUUAGUAUAGUAGUAGCUAGCCAGCUUUGUUUGAUGUAGAACAUAGUGAUGUUAAGACGUUGAAAGAAGUGUGAUGAGUUUUCAGGGAAUUUUCUAAAAAGCUUCGCACGUUUGCUACUCUAUUUUAUCCUUUUUUCAUCUUUCAUCAUCGGUCUUAGUCACAUAAUAGACUCCCUUUCUGUUUCAUUUUCACAAAAUCAUUGCAAUAAAACUAGAAGUUUUCUUGAAGCUUCUAAUAGUUUACAUAUACACUGAGAGGUUGGGGCGGGACAGUUUCAGUUCCUAUUGUUUCUAGUAACUGGUUAAAAGAACUGGUGACCAGUUACCGUUACUAGUAACUGAAACUGCUCACCAGUUGUUUUUGAGUGAUUCGCGACUUUUAUUGGUAUUGGUGAAACCAUUCUCAAAAUCGUAGUUUUCAUAAAACUACGGUUAGUUUUUUGAAAAUGUAAUAAUAGUUUUUACGAUAGAGCAAGUCUCUAGCUUUCUUUUUUCAAAGGUUGUUCAAAAACAGUUCUACGGCAGGCUUUUUAACUAAAUAGUCACAUUAGUCACGUUACGUUUUCAUAACUUUCUGUAUCGCGUUUAUAUCUGUUGUAGUUAAAUAAGUUAAUUAAGAACUUAGAAGUGGAAGUCGGAAUCGCAAUGAGUCAAUAUAUGAAAGAUGAAAACCAUGAUGGAACAGUAGCAUUUGAAGAUACAAAACGAUUUAAAGAUUUAACCGAACAAGGGAGAACGGCCCGAAUGAUUCUCCGGACAUUGAAAUUAAUUGUGAAUUUAUUGGAUAUAACUCCCAUGUUAGGCGUUCUUCAAGAUGUUGUAUAG